ACCUUCCAAAAGAUAAAAGAAACCCUAAUUUUCCUUUGAUGAAUAUUUAUUGUCUCUUUCCCUAUGUUCCAUUCACUCUCUUCUUUAGUACCAACACAUUGAGGUCCUAUAUAAAACCCCCCCUCCCCCCUCAAAACCUUCCAAUCAUCUCUCAUCUCAACAUCAACACCGAGAAAUUUCAAAUUACUCCCCCCCUAAGCCAAAGCUCAAACCAACGAGACUCGAAGACCCCGCAAUACGUUUCUAAGAAAUGGGCUCGUCCUCUCUCGCGAUGAUCUCGCCGAGAACGCUCCGGUCCGACCUCUAUUCCUUCUCCUACCAACAGGACUCGAAGACCCCGCUCGUCGUCUCGGUCCUCGCCUCGCUCAUCGAGCGGACGAUGUCCCGGAACGAGAGGAUCGCGAGGAGCUGCCCGUGGGCGCUGUCGAAGGACGCGAAGACGCGCGUCUUCGAUUGCCACGAGGCGCCGGACAUGACGAUACAGAGCUACCUCGAGAGGAUCUUCCGGUACACGAAAGCCGGCCCGUCGGUCUACGUGGUGGCGUACGUCUACAUAGACCGGUUCUGCCAGGCCAACCCGGGGUUCAGAAUCAAUGCUAGGAAUGUCCAUAGGCUCCUCAUCACGACGAUCAUGGUGGCUUCCAAAUAUGUGGAGGACAUGAAUUACAGAAACUCCUACUUCGCGCGAGUUGGGGGGCUGGGGACCGAGGAAAUCAACAGCUUGGAGCUGGAGUUCCUGUUCCUGAUGGGGUUCAAGAUGCACGUGAACCUGAGCGUGUUCGAGAGCUACUGCUGUCACCUGGAGCGAGAGGUGGGCAUCGGAGGCGGCUACCAAAUCGAGAAAGCUCUCCGAUGCGCGGAGGAGAUCAAGUUCUCGAGGCGGAGAGCGGUGGAUCCGAGGUUCAAUCACCACGUUGCCCGAAUCAUGCUUUAGAAGAGAAGAAGAAGAGACCCUCGAUUGAUCAUAGCUCGCAAAAUUCGAAAAAAGAUCAAAAGAAAGAAAGAAAAUAUGGAAAGGAAUGAGUGUACAGAAGAUGGGAUGAUUGAUGUACAGGUGCUUUUAUCUUCUAGGGGGAUUGAGUACGGCCAAAUUGUACCAUGACAUUACUCUCUCUCUCUCUCUCUCUCUUUUUGUCAUGAAUAUAAGGGAAAUUCAAUUUUUUUAAACUAA